AUGUCCGCUAGCAACGCGGGUGCUUGCGCCCACUCGAGAAUUGAGCGGCAUUGCCAUCAUGGACUCCAUCCUCGCGGUCAAUGUGAGCAGAAUCAGUAUGACUCGGCUGAUUAUCUUGGAAGCAGGCUGCCCUACUCGACUGGACUUUCAUCCAAUGAGGGCCAAAUAGUAGGAUUUCCCCGUCGUUUCUCGCGGGAGGAACCCGACUCUUCUGCUUCGAGUGGCUAUUCGACCGACUCUGCUGAUUACUCGACCGAGUCUCCUGGCCACCUGGACACCCCGUCUGAGUCUUCAACUGAGUGUGGCUACACCACCUGUUCUUCAGAAUCCCCAAGCGAAUCUGAGACCGACGAUGAAUGGCCCAGCUCAGAUGAGGAUGGAUAUGCUCGCCCUCAAGGGCAGGACUGGAACACCCCUGCAUAUACUAUCAACGCCCCUGCAGAUACUAUCACCGGCCAUGUUAUGGGCCAACCUGGUUACUCCGCAGGCUGCGAGUAUGGAUCUAGUCAAGAUGGCUUAUCCUCAUCGGUGUCUACGAGCCACAGAACUUCUGCUUUGACCUCCACCGAGGGAAGUCAUUAUACCCUCAGCUAUUACUGUCGGCUUACUUAG